AUGUUUAACUACGAACGUCCAAAACACUUCAUCCAGUCCCAAAAUCCAUGUGGCUCCAGACUGCAGCCUCCAGGACCGGAAACCUCUAGCUUCCCUAGCCAGACCAAACAGUCUUCUCUUGUCUUCCAGCCCCGCCAGUGCACAGAGCAGAGGUUUUCUGCCUCCUCCACAGUGAGCUCCCACAUCACCGUGUCUUCCUCUGCUUAUCCUGCUUCCCAGCAGCUUGCUGGCCCCAACCCAGCCCAAAAGGUUACUAUAUUACCAUCUCAACCUGAUUACAUAAGCAGUAAAAUCCCAUCCACUGUGGACUCCAACUAUCAACAAUCCUCAGUCAACCAACCAGUAAAUGCUAUGCCAUCCCCAACUGCAAAUGGUAAGACCACUCCAAGGACUCCUGACCACGAGAUCCAAGGAUCAAAAGAAGCAUUGAUCCAAGAUUUGGAGAGAAAGCUGAAAUGCAAGGACACUCUUCUUCAUAAUGGAAAUCAAAGGCUGACCUAUGAGGAGAAGAUGGCUCGAAGGUUGCUAGGUCCACAGAAUGCCGCUGCUGUCUUUCAGGCUCAAAACAGCGAUGCCCAAGAUUCUCCACAGAAAAGCAAGGACAUUUCUGCACUGUCUUUAUUAAAAUAUUGUUGUAGAAGUAGAUCAUCCUCAAGAGCAGAGGCAAAUGACCAGGAUGCCAUCCAGGAGAAGUUUUACCCACCACGCUUCAUCCAAGUUCCAGAAAACAUGUCCAUUGAAGAAGGACGAUUCUGCAGAAUGGACUUCAAAGUGAGUGGACUGCCGGCCCCUGAUGUCUCAUGGUAUCUAAAUGGGAGAGCAGUUCAAUCAGAUGAAUUGCACAAAAUGAUAGUGUCUGAGAAGGGUUUUCACUCACUCAUCUUCGAAGUGGUCAGAACAUCAGAUGCAGGGUCGUAUGCAUGUGUGGCCAGGAACAGAGCUGGGGAAGCCACUUUCACAGUGCAGCUGGACGUCCUUGGUAAAGAACAUAGUAAAGCACCGAUGUUUAUCUACAAACCACAGAGUAAGAAAGUUUUUGAGGGAGAGUCAGUGAAACUUGAAUGCCAGAUCUCAGCGAUCCCUCCACCCAAACUUUUCUGGAAAAGGAACAAUGAAAUGGUUCAGUUCAACACUGAUCGGAUAAGCUUAUAUCAUGAUAACUCUGGAAGGGUGACUUUACUGAUAAAAGAUGUAAACAAGAAGGAUGCUGGAUGGUACACAGUGUCCGCUGUCAAUGAAGCUGGUGUGACCACAUGUAACACAAGACUGGAUGUCACAGCCCGUCCAAACCAAACACUCCCAGCUCCCAAGCAGCUGCGUGUUCGACCGACGUUCAGCAAAUAUUUAGCGCUUAAUGGGAAAGGUUUGGAUGUGAAACAAGCUUUUAACCCAGAAGGAGAGUUUCAGCGCCUGGCAGCUCAGUCUGGACUCUACGAAAGUGAAGAACUUUAG